AUGGCUUCACUGAUUCCCAUCCCAUUUGCUCCGAGUGGUCUCGAUGGCGCGUUUGGUUCUGGCCUUUAUGCAUCCAGUGGCAUGUUAUUGUGGAUCUAUCAAGGGGGAUGCCGGGGUAACCUCACUCUCGAGGAGCGAAGACUGCAGGCUCCUGUGGAGUUCCAUGAUCAAACUUCAAACAACCAGAAUUUCCUGUUGACAACUCGCUCGAUCUCUCAGUUGCUCUGUCGAGAACCAUUCGCACGGCUGACGUUGUCAACGCGGGAGGGGUCUUCAAUAAUUACCAAUGCACAAAACUCUUUCUCAUUUGUUCACUACACCUGCAAGGAGCUCCUCCAGCACUCCUCUUCAAUCACGACUGAAGUGCCUGCGAAGAGACCUUUAGAAAACGCGGAGGAAAAGUGGAAAAUUGUGAACCCCAGUUUGGAAGCUCUCCAAGGAGAAGCAGGCCAAAAAAAGGGCGCUCCGAAUGAUGCGAAGAAAGGCAAAAAGGGCAAAGACCAUUUGUCUCGAGAAGACGGCAUGUGGGACACAGCAACCGCAGAGUCCAGCAUCUAUGAAAUCCUUUGA